AUGUCAAAUAAAAAAAUUCAGUAUGCUUGUGCUAUUAGUGGAAAUCUAUGUGCACUUUUAUUUAUUAUUGCACUGGCAGCGUCUGGCUUUCUUCCACCUCUCCCACCGGACUGGGAUGCCGUACAAGUGGUCGAUCACUACCACGAUCAUGAGAACGGCAUUAGGGCUGGCGCGGCACUGCUUGUUGUAUCAGGCAUGUUCUAUCUCCCUAUGACGGCAGCGAUCUCAGACCAAAUUCGACAAAUUACUGGCAUAUACGAUGCUGUUCGCAACAUUCAACUUGCCGCUGGCGCUGCUGGCGCGUUUGCUAUAGUGAUGCCUGGAGUAACUCUCGCUGUUGCCAGUUACCGCCUUGACCGCCCUAUCGAGACCACCCAACUUCUUAACGACCUUUUCUGGAUGCUUCUUCUCAUUCCCUGGCCGAUUUUCAUGGCCCAGAGCUUCUCUCUUGCGUACGCUAUCCUUGUCGACUCUCGAGCUAAGCCUCCAUUCCCCAAACCUAUAGCUCUCGUCAAUAUCUUGGUUCCCAUCACCUAUAUUCCAUCCAUAGCCGUACAUUGUGUUAAGACUGGCCCGGUAGCAUGGAACGGUGUAGUCAGUUUCUGGAUUCCAAUUAUUUCUUUCGGUAUUCAGGUUAUGGUCGACUGCACCUGCCUAAUGCGAGCGGCGGCGGCUGCAGAUAUGCAAGCAUAUUAG